UCGGCCUGAAACUCUAAAAAUAAAAUAAAAGAACUUCAAGCUCUCCUCUCUUCUUUCCUUCAUCUUCCCAUUUCCAACCAACAACAACCAACAACAACAACCUCCUCCUUAACAUACAACUCCUUCUUUCUUCCCUCUCCACAACCCAACAUUCAAUCUUCAGCAUGAGAGAGUCAAACUUCUACUUCCCAGCUCACAACAAGGCUUCAGUCUCAAUCACCUCAGCACUAUACGAUCGAAGAGCCAUCGAUGCCACCUCUCCACUCCCCCUACUCUCUACACUCACCCAUCUCUCCUAUCUCACAUCGACCUCACCCAGGAUCAGAGAGAUCCUAUGCUCAGACGGAGGUCUCGAACGACUCAUCUCAAUCCUCAGAUCAACCGGAAGGCGAAUGAGAGAACAACGCAGAAACCUACAACAGCAACAACAACCAACCGAACUCGCUCAACCCAUCACCAUCCCAUCCAAACCAAAACCAACACCUUCAUCUUCAUCUUCAGCAGUAGCAGCAGCAGCAACUUCCUCAUCAUCCAAUAAUCACUCUCAAAACCAAAACCUCAUUCGGAUCUCACCCUUCCGUCCAUUCCUCAACUCACCCAUCACUCAGCCCACCAGCCAACCAACCAGUCUCACCCUACAACCUCCAAUCACCAAUCAGCAAACCCCUACCCCUACCCCAUUCCCCACCCAACCCCUUGCCCCUCAACCCACCCUAUCCACCCAACCCCUAGCCUCACAUCAGAUCGCAACCCUCGGUCUGACAAAGGAACAAAAACAACUCCUAUGGACCUGGAGCCUCUCCUUCCAAUGCGUCGUCAACAUCGGCGUCAGAGGUACCGAAUCCAUCCGCACCCGGGUCGUCGAGGCUGGCGUCGUUCCAGUGAUCAUCAGCGUCCUCGGCGGUUAUCUGCAUGAGAUGGAACGUGUUCGCCAGCAGUCCGAGAACCAGGAACGAGCCCGCAAGAAGGCCGCACUCGAAGCUGCCUCAACUGGUCAUUCUCGCACCCUUGUCUCCUCUUCUCAAAGGUCUUACUCCUUAAACGCUGAUUUACCCCGACCCCCUCGCCCCGUCCUUUCCUCUCGGACCCUGGUCCAACCCAUUCAAAAUCCCUCCUCUCAACUUCCCAUCUCAGAUCUCCCUGCCAGCAUCAUCACCACCAAUAAUCACAAUCCACGCAGCACUCUUCCACUCCCACCUUCAUCUUCAUCUUCAUCACUCUCACUGAACUCAACACUCACCAACCCCACCAAUCAAUCAACAGCUACCCAAACCAGCUCCCAUCCUCAACCACCCCGCCCCGAGUCCGCACAACCCAGCACAAAUCAUCUUGAUAUCAAUCUCCUCACUUCUGCCCGUCCAGCCACAAGGAACCCUAUCUCGAUCAGCUCAACCACAGAUCCUGUUCUAAGGACUGGUAGCAUCUCUCCCUCAUCGGUCUCCUCCUCCUCCUCCCUCGAAACCUCUCGUCUUCACCUCAACCAGCAAGCCAUCCUCCGCAACGACGGUUCCACCUCCUCAUCUACCCUCGAUCACCCUGUCGAUCUCAUCGACGUUGAUUCCCACGAGAACCAGUCUGAUGAAACGGUUGAUCGUGCGAGCCCUGAUCAGACCCACACUGCUGGAGUUUCAGUCGAGAUGGACGACCAAUCUGCAGCCGACGAGAGCGAAGCUGAUGUAGUCAUGGAACUUGUUGGUGAUGACGAAGCAGGGCCCAGUAAUGGUCGACAGCGCUCACGACGGGGGACUAUCAAAGCCAGUCAAGCUAAUGCCCACAAGGUCGUUCACAUCACCCCUCUAGCCCCACCCCGUCCAACUCUUACCGAACUGGAUCACGAGAAUCUACCACUGAACACUCAAUCCCAGUCAAGUCCCAUGGAGGGUCUCGAGACUGACGCCAAUGAAAGCGAGAACAAUCCUGAACUGGGCAACUCAUCUGCUAUCAUUCAUGCUGUCAAUCAUCAGACACCCCGCGCAUCGUCUGCUCGUCUUCCCCACUCCGGCCCUGGGCGCUCCCAAGCGCAAACUCAACAUCCGUCAUCACCAUCAUCGUCAUCGGCCAUCGGAAGCGCGGUCGACCCAGUCUCUGAAGACGUACCCAUGACCGCCUCAUCCGAAACUGCCACCCUAACCUCAAAUUCCGCAUCAGAAACUGACUAUUCACCACCUUUGGACCCAGCCCUUGGUGCUCCUCAAGAAAAUACCGCCGUUGAUCCUGGGCAGCUCUCACGGGUUCUAUCGGAGACCGAGGGUGCCGCUCCCACACGCGCUUUCACCACUCGUCGUCAACCCGCUCCUCCUGAAGCCGCACCAGCUCCGACUGCUAACGUGGCCGAUCCGGUCGCUCCCAAUGCGCCUGCGGCUCGAGCGGCACCUCCAAGUGUAGGAUCGACCAGUCUCAGCUCGCCAGUUACUCUAGCUUUUCGAGAUGAGGAUGUGCUGUUGGCACUUCAAUUGCUGGCAUACCUGUCCAAGUAUGCACACGUUCGGGCAUACUUUCAUGAGCCCGCCAAUCGGUCGACCCUCGAACUCACCUACGGAUCCAUGCAGGACGCAACAAGGGCGUUGGCCAAAUUCAGCGGACGCUUCAAGAGCGAGCGAUACGAGCGUGAACGAGGCAAGGAAUUUUCCAGCGGUACUGGAAUCCAAGGCUCCAGCCGACGUCCUGCGUCUGCACAAGACCAACACUCACUACCCGAUGCUGAUCCAGUCAGUUCAUCCACUGAUCUUCGUGGGACUUCCUCUCAGGCUCAUUACCCUCACCGCUCGUAUUCUUCUUCAAUGAUGCGAGCGCGGAUGCAAGUAGAAGAAGCCUUGGAGGAAGCCCGAUUAGGCCGGGGAACUCAUGAUCCAUCACUGACUAACGCUAACCGAGCGCCCUCGAGUGACCCUGGGACCGACCCCUUGCGACCCGCAUUACUGCUCGGUGGGGUAACCCUGUUCAGCACAUCGCCUAUGGUCAAUACGGUUCCUCAGAUGCUACGACAGCCCAGCUUUGUGCUUGGACAAUCCGGCUCCAAUCUCAUGCCCGGGGUUGCACCCUCACACGGCUCUCAUCAUCAGUACUAUGCCUCCCACUCGGGGUCUAAUGCCCAUGAUCUAGACCCAGCUCGGAUGAUGUACAACCACGCCCGGGCUCAGCUAUCGAACCCCGUUGGAUCUUCCACAGGAUCACCAUCAUCGUCGUCGUCGCCGUCAACUAUCAACCCACUCGCCUCGAACGUGUUUUCUUACGUCGAACGCUUCACCCAUCAGCGUCUCCCUCACGACGUCCACAGUCCUACCAUCCCCGGUGAGAUCCAGUAUUGGGCCGGGGUAAUCAUGCGUAAUGCUUGUCGUAAGGACGAAACCCGUGGUGGGAUUCGGCAGUGCGCUAAUAUGCAAUGUGGGAGAUGGGAAUCGGUGCCCAGAGAAUUUGCUAAAUGUAGACGAUGUCGUAAGGCGAAGUAUUGCUCUAAGAGCUGUCAGAGUCGCGCGUGGCAACAUGGUCAUCGAUUUUGGUGUAGUACCCGAGCCGAAGGAGAGAGCAGCAGUACAGCGGCGCCGACGAACAUGGGGACGGGGGAAACAGAAGCAGGAGCAGCGAGUGUUGGGACGGCCGCCGAAGGAGGGGAGGGCGCAGUGGAAGAUCCGAGCCGGCGAGUGGAUCGGGCGAGUCGAGCCUUAGUGGAUGCGGCGAUUGAGCGGCUCCGAAGGACGGGCGAUGGGCCGGCAGGGGCCGGACGCCGAGACCGCGGGGAUAUCUCGGAGGCCGCUUCCAAUAUCGCGACCCCGCCGGAUCGCGAACUUCGCGUCGAAAACACGCUCAACCAUGUCGCAGUCGAUAAUCCUAACACCCUCCCUCACCAUCCUCAUCCUCAUCACCAUCAUCCUCACCAUCCUCACCACCAUCACCACCACCAUCCCGAGAUCAUCAUCGCUGCUAAUCGUAACUUGCAGACUCAGAAUAAUCCCGACCUCGUCGUCGUCCCCGCUGAUCAACUCGUAGACGAACGCGAUCAAAUUCGGCUUAUGGUCCAAAACCCUCAGGACGAUCAAAUCAUCAACCCUUGAAAACUCCACUCUCCUCUUGUCUUUCCUCUUCUCGCUUUCCUUUGAACUCUGAUCUCUUUCUCUUUCUCUUGAUCACUCAUUCAGUUUAUAUUCGAAAUCCUCCCUAUCACUCACUCCUUCAUUUCCUCUUUCCUUCCUCUCUUUUUGUUAUUUGUUUGCUUUUUUCCCCCCUCACCUUUCCCUUUUCAUUGAAUAAGUUUUUUUUCCCCUUCCUUCCUUUUCAUUUAUUUCCUUCUUUGAACCCAAUUGAUGAUCAAUAUAUAUAUACACAUAUAUAUAGAUUAAAAACCAAAAAAAUUAAAAAAACACAAAAAACACCAAUAACAAAAAAACACACACAUAUAAAUAAGCCUCUAUAAAACAACACCUCAAGACUUGAUUCCUUAUCCUAACAGCAAAAGAAAAAUUACUACAAACAUAUACAAACAUCAAUCAAUUUCUCUAUCGUCUUCCAUAUCUCUUUCCUGUUGUCUACAUAUAAAUAUACAUAGAUAUACACACAAGCCCUCUCUCUCUCUUUCUACAAGUAGUCAAUCUGAUUCUGUCUUCCACUUAUCUUUUUUUGUUUACUUUUUUCACUUUCCAUCAAUUUGUCUCCUUCCCUUCCACUUACACACACACACAUAUAUAUAUACAUAUUGAGUUAGUUAAAGUAUAUAGGUCUUACUCUUUUGAACAUCCUCUUACACACUCUUCUCUCUAUAUACAUACUCAUUCUUUCCUCGCUCUGUUGCUCGCUUUUGUUCUCUUCCAGUCCUUCUUAAUUUUGUAUAGCUUCAUUUUUCCCCUUCCUUUUUUGUAUAUAUAUAUAUAACACUAUAUAUUCUUGUGUGUAUGUAUGUAUAUACAUAUAUGCAUAUGUUUGUGUGAGUGUGAAAGAGUCUCACUGUGAGUCCAAAGAAGUGGAUUCCUGUUUCUCUCUUUUCUUUGUUUUCUCUCUCUCUCUUUCUUUGCUUCCCCUUGUUUGUUUUGUUUUGUUUCAGUCUUUCUCUUCUCACGAUUCUCAAUCAAAACUAUAACCUGUCUUGUCUUGAUUUUCUGUGCAGGUUUGCAGAUUUGUCACUUGCUAAUUAUCCCACCCUGAACCCAGGAGACUUUUUCUUCUCCCCAUCAGACUCAUCUUCUCAUGCAAAAGCUGUAUGACCUA